CUUCUACCAGGUAUUAAGUGUAUGCAAAACUUGUAGUCUUUUUUUACUCUGGUAUUUAUUUACUAUUAUUUAAAUUUCAAAUAAAUUCUCGCUUUUUUACAUUUUUGAAAAGUCGACAUCAAAGUUUUUUGUAAAACGUCAUGAUAAACAUAACUUCGAAAAACAAUAGUGAACACAAUGAGCAAUGAAAAGCUGAAUAUGCUUUUUGUAUUCAGCAAAUCAUUUUAAACUUGGGCUGAAAAAUUCUUCGCGUGCGGCAUGUUCACUCAACUUGACGCCUUCGAAUUACCACUCAUUUCAAUCGAUGUAGUCAUUGAAUAAUACUUUCGAGUGGUUGAGAUACGAAAAAACUUGUUUCGCAAAGGAAUUCGAAAUUUAGCCGAGAAAUGACAGUAAAUCGUAAAAACCGAUAUUGCAAAUAUUUUGAUCAGUGAAUUGUAUUGCGUUUAUUAUGCAUCUAAAAAUCGAAAAAUAACUUCGAAAAUAAUAGUGAACACAAUGAGCAAUGAAAAGCUGAAUGAAGCGAAAACGUGCAAAAAAUGACUAAAUUUUUUGCAUACAAUAUUAUAGAGCGUUAUAGAAGGCUCAUGUAAAAUUAACGUCCGCGUGUAAGUUUUAGCAGCUUCAGCAUCUUUAGCGACAUAUCUAUCUGAUCGCGAAACUCGCAGCAAUCAUUCAAAACAUCGGAAUGUUUCUUCUAGAAAAAUAUUGGAGAUACAUUGCUUUCGUUUUCAUAUGGCAAUCUAUGUACCGCAGCAUAUGUUACUUGCUCGACGAGACCGAUCCGGAGAGCAACGUGUCACCUCUUUUCGAGAUGCAACUGUCUCUCGAAGAACCGCACGUGCUCUUCCAUCCCGCGGUAGAUCCGGACGAUCCCACGGGAUUCUACGCGUUCUACGAAGGUUUGCUGCUCGACAUUAUGCGAAUGGGGACUUUAAUACCGCGGGUGGAUCCUGAUGUUGCAGCUGAACGCGAGCACUACGAGGUACGUCCUUGCAUACGGGGUCCACGGUGGCAGGCGCAUUAUUAUCUGGCACUUUUGCCAAUAUCAAUUUACGAAUCAUUUCCGACUGCCUGUAAAAUGAUUAAUUAUUGAUAAAAUAAUUUUCUACAUUUUCGAAUCGUCACCCAGCGUUACCAUUGUUACUGCUACUGUGGUUUCCGCUUCGCUGCGCAAUAAUAUUAUAUAAUCGCAGCACGAUUCUUCCGUCACUAAUCGCGGUACAAUGCUUCAAGAUCGAUUUAGCGGAAGAAGAGAGCAUCGUAUUCAUGCUCGAAGAGACGUGUAACCGAAUCAAGCUGGGCUUGGUGCAAGCGCAAGAAUACAUUGUCGUAAGAUCCUUAAAUGACUCUACAACAUCCGCGAUAGCAAACUUUGUCCGAAAGAUUGAAACGUAUUUCACUCGUGGGAUGAUACAGUGAUCGUUCCCUUUGCAGAUCUUCGAGCCGUUCUCAUGGCUGUGGUUGGACGACAAACAGCAAUAUCUGAACUCGUUUCUGCGUUUCGGCCGUGCGCUCAUGGACGAAGAGAAGCGUAUGCUGGUACAUGAGCCGGAAA